AUGUCGCCCGCACGACAGGGAUGCUUCAUUAGCUUGCUCGGUUGGCGAGACGCAGCGGUUCCCGCGCACGAAGGUUUGUGCGAGCCACUUUCUUGGGCCAUGGCGCAAGCCAUUGCAGCUGCGGGAUCGGCUGGUCUCGUGCUUAGAAGGACCGAUAGAACAUACUCUGACGCAACAAUCGCGAAGGGCUCGGCAAGCACUCGGCAAUGUGCUAUCGGAGUAGCGAUGAUGCUCGCCUCGAGGGUUGCACGACAACACGUCUCAUCGACAGAAAUCGAGGUGUCUGCCGUCUGUCUGCCCAAGGCCGUCGGCGGUCCGAUCAUUACAAACAGCAUCACCGCAGUCUCCCCGCUAUCAUCAACACUUCAAUCCAAGUUUCCUAAAACGUCACUCCCCUCUCCUAGCGUUCAGAAAGACGCUAGCAGCCCAAGAUCCACAGCUAAGCCGGGGCAAGUAUGGCGCGCAUGGCAUCUUCGGCUAACCAUCAUGAUACUGGCCGGUGUUUGUCGGAGCUAG